GCGUCACCGUGUCCAUACACCAGCCACCUCCGCACUCUGCACCACGCAAUCCUUUUCUCUCCACACACUUGUGCUUUCUUUGAAUCUCAACGACUCGGCCCAUCAUGUCGAUCAUGGAGUAUAACGGCGGCUCGGUGGUAGCGAUGGUCGGGAAGGACUGCGUCGCGAUUGCUUCUGAUUUGCGCCUCGGGAACCAGGCAAUGACUAUUGCCACGAACUUUGAGAAGGUGUUCCCUGUAACAGACCGGAUAUACCUUGGGCUUCCGGGUCUGGGGACUGAUGUAGCGACCCUACGUGAACGCUUCCGGUUUCGGGUCAACAUGUACACUAUCAAAGAAUCACGCGAGAUCGAACCGAGCACAUUUGCGCGUCUUGUUUCCUCAACAUUGUACGAGCACCGAUUCGGGCCGUAUUUCAUCGAGCCGGUCAUCGCAGGCAUGGAGCGCACAGCAAGCGGGAAAUAUGAACCAUACAUCGCUGCAGCCGACCUGAUUGGAUGUCUGAACUUUGCCAAGGACUUUGUCGUCGCUGGAACGGCGAGUGACAAGCUGUUCGGUGUUGCCGAGGGUCUUUGGGAGCCAGGCCUGGACCCAGAGGAUUUGUUCGAGACUAUCAGCCAGACACUGAUGAACGCUGUGGAUAGAGAUGCCUAUUCGGGCUGGGGGGCUGUCGUACAUGUAAUCACAAAGGACAAAGUUGUAACGCGCACGCUCAAGGGUAGAAUGGAUUAAAGUGCAGAAGUAUCAUCGUCUCAUUUUCUGUGUUGUAAUUGCAUGGUCUCUUUCUAUCUCC